UCUACUUGAUAAGCACUGUGUUUAAAUAAAGGCAUAUAUUACAUACUUACCUGUUCGUAAUUCAUUAUUGUUCCAAUUCUAACAAAUAUAAACAGAACUGUAAACGUUGUAUUUCUAAUGAGUGUUGUAUCCGAGUAAAAAACAAAACAAAAGCUUGAUUGAUUGAUGCAGAAUGUUUUUCAAUUUUUUUCAUUGAUUUUCAAUGCUGGACUACUGCACUCCAUACGCACCUAUGUAUGUUGUUAGCAGGACUGAGUAUGAUGGGGGGAUCUAGAAUGUGGUCGAUUUAAAAUGUAGAGGAUCCAGGUAAUAUGUUUUAAGCGCUAUGCAAAUUCAAUUGAUAAAUAUAGAGGUUUGUUUAUUAAUUUUUUUGCAUGUAUAGUUUAAAAAUAUAAAACAUUACCUAACUAGUUUGUUCCACCGCUGGUUGUUAGGAUGACAUGUUUUAAACGUUGAAUAUAAUUAAUUGUUUAUGGCUUACUUGGUAGUUUUUUUGAUAAAUGCAGAAUAGUGCAAAUAUUUUCAUAACAUGGGAGAAUGAUCAAUUUUAUGAAUCAAUUAUGUUUUAGGUAGUGGUUGGGAUAUUACUUGUAAUGAAACCCUCAAGUUCAAUAAGUCCUUGUCAAAUUUAUGCUUAACAUGAAAAAUAAAUUAUAGUGAGCUAUAAUAAAAUAUAGUAAAGCUUCUAACCAAUCCAGAUGAAUAACGUCACAUUAGCCACGCCUCUUUAAUGUAACGAGCCAAUGAUAUUAUCGCACACACUUACCUUUCGCAGACAAGCUAGGAAAGAAACAAAAUUAAAGGGUGUGUAUAUGUUUAAAUGUGCGAAAGAGCGACGUGAAUGAUUUAGAGGACAGUUUAUAUAUUAGUCAGCAAUUUAUGUAUGACCGUCCGGGAGCUAUGACUUCAGUCUUCGUGUUGUCAAGCAGCGGCCAUCUGCGGAAGUAGCCUACUGUAAUGUUUUUCUUUAACUGACCCAGUUAGGAUAAUAACGUACAUGUUAUAGAAGGAGUCUGUAUACUUACUGUACUAUGAAUUGAAAAGGUACGAAAACUCUUAAAAUUCUUAAAACUUAAAGAAUGCUCUUCAAAAUGACCGCACAGUAUUUGCUAUAGUCAUCGCUUGGGUCAAUGACCGAGCAUAUGCCGGUGGCCAGUAUGUUUGGGUUCGGUCGCCUUUCCGCUGAAGGGAAAGUGGGAAUCGCAUCGGGGGUUGUGUUUUUCUCUAUGCUUAUAUCCAGGACGCUAAUCUCAGAGCGGGUUAACAAAGACACGCGUGCUUUAUUGUUUCGUGUUCAGUUCUUCCUCUUCAUCAGCUCCCUCCUGCUCAUUGGCUCGCUAUACAUCUGGAAGCGCGUGGUGAGACGACUGUGUAGCACCAGAGGUGCACCUUCACUCCCGCAGAGAUGCUGGCGUAUUGUUGUCCUGCUGUUUCUCAUUCUCGUUCAUGCCAGUUACCUAAGCAUGUUUUUCCUUGUGGACACGGAACCUCACUGGUUUUCAUUACUUAGUUUUUCAUGUUUGGGCAUUUUUGUAAUCCUGCUUUUCUUCUUGGUGGUUUUUGGCUGCUUAAAUCGCAUUCGCAGGCUGCUUUCACGCAGACGAAGUGGUGAGGAUGUGGUAACAAGUGGCUCGACCAGCCAGGUAGUGUUGGCAUUAAUAGUAACUGCAAUAUUGUCAGUGUAUGGCUUGGUGAAUGCAGCACAGCCUCCCCGUGUAGUCGAGGUGGAGAUCCCAAUGGAGAAACUUCCAGAGUCUUUGAAUGGACUCAAGUUGGUGCUUCUGUCAGACAUACAUCUGGGACCCACGAUUGGUCGCACCAAACUGCAGCGCAUCGUUACCAUGGUGAAUGAGUUGGAUCCAGAUGUUGUGGUCAUUGUGGGUGAUUUGACAGACUCUCAGGUAGCUCGGUUGAGGAACGCUGCAGAACCACUGGGACAGAUGAAGGUUCGACUUGGAUCUUAUUUUGCCACAGGCAAUCAUGACUACUACACCGCUGAUGUUGAAAGCUGGUUUGAACUCAUGCGCUCAAUGGGCAUUGAACCUCUUCACAACAGCCACGCUAAAGUGUUUCGCCCGGAAAACACUCAAGACUGGAUUUGCCUUGCAGGCAUUGAUGACCUUGAGGCACGCAUGCUACGAUACCCAGGCCAUGGCAUGGAUGUUGAGAAAGCUCUUAGUGGUUGCAGUGCAGAGAGCCCCAUUAUUCUGCUCGCACAUCAACCCCAUGCUGGAAAACAGGCUCUCCAGCAAAGGCCAGACAUCAGCUUGGUACUUUCAGGUCACACACAUGCUGGUCAGAUAUUCCCCCUCACCAUCCUGGCAUACCUGGCAAAUCCAUUUUUCUGCGGACUCUACCGUGUCUCUGAACAUACUAUGGUCUAUGUUACCCCUGGGACCGGUUUUUAUGGCAUUCCAAUGAGAAUUGCAAGCCAUUCAGAAAUCACAAAAAUUAUACUGAAACGUGCCUAGCACUGUCAACACAAUGCAGGGAUAAAAUGCAUGUUGUCCCUCAUACACAUUCAUUACCUAAUUUCUGUGUAUGCUGCCACAUACAAUUAUACUUUAAUCUAAUUACAUAGUAAUAUAUGUCUUUAAAAAAAACAUUGUAAAGCAACUCAAAAAGAGAAAUUUUGAAAUAAUGCAUAACAUUUACACAUUGUACAAUGACUUCAGCAAAGCUAAGGAAAGAGCUCUAUUUUACUUUACACAGGGCCGAUUUUUCAGUGUGGUAAUGUAUUAUAGUUUGUUUGCCAACGCAUUUAAGUAAUAAAAAGUACUUUAUUAUGAAAAAUCUCAUUUUAAAAGUGCCAGUUUUUUUAAACUCAUCCAUAUGUUUUCUAUUUUCUAUUUUAAUUGCUGAUUGUGACACUAAUCAAACUCAUUGCACUGUUUUUAACCAUCACAGUUAAAGUCAGGAAUUCCAUUAUUCUGUGAUUUUAGGUUUUGAUUAUUAAAGUUUGUUGCUGUAGCAAA